AUGGUUAAGUUUAGUGACUAUUUCGUUGAAACCUAUAUUGAAGAAACAUCAACAUUUCCUCCUCACAUAUGGGCUGAAAAUUCUUCGUCUUUACAAAGAAGAACAAAUCCAUAUCGAAACACACCGAUCCAUCGACCACCAGAUGACGAAGACUCGUUUCCUGUGAUCCACGAGAGGGAGCUGCAUUCUCUACAUCGAAACAUACCUGCCUUGAGAAGAAGGGACGUCGAUACGGCAACGAUAAAGCAGCAUUAUUACCCGGAAGGGGGUUGGGGUUGGUUGGUGUGUGGAGCUGCUUUCCUAGCCCACUUGCUGACGUCAGGGAUACAACUUUCUUAUGGUUUACUAUAUUUAUAUACCAUGAAGUUUCUUCUAAAAAAGUAUCAAGAUCAAGAAAUCUAUAUUAUGGGAGCUGCUUGGAUGGGUGCAUUGUGCCUGUGUAUAUCAUUUUUCACUUCGCCCUUAAUCGUGGCCAUUUGUAGGCGGAAGUCAGCGAGAUUGGCCGCUCUUCUAGGAGGUCUUGUAAUUUCCCUGGCUUGUCUUUUUACUUCUUUCGCUGUGCAGUUCCAUCAGGCACUUUUGAGUUACGGCUUAGUACUAGGAAUUGGAGCAGGAGUAGUAAGAGAAACGUCAACCAUAGUAUUGGGCCACUAUUUUAAACGAAGAAGAGAAUUUGUUGAAAUGGUAGCGCAAUCGGGUGCUGGCGUGGGUAUAGCAUUAUUUUCCGUACUUUUUAAAGAAGCAGUAGGUAAACUAGGUUGGCGUCUAGGACUCCAAGCAGUAACCGGUCUCCUGGCUUUGGCAUUUUUUCUUCCCAUCGUGUACAGAUCCGCAAACCUUUAUCAUCCUCAGAGACGGGCAAUCACCCAUCUUAAAAACCAGCGGAAGAAAAUGAAAGAGAAGAAAUCCCACACGAAAGUGCCCAAACCGCCGAUGUUCGACUUUAGUCCCUUGAAGAGUAGAGGUCUUAGGGUACUUAUGAUAGCCUGUGCCUUCGCCGCAUUAGGAAUUUAUGCUCCAAUAUUUUACUUGGCGUACCAAGGCUAUAGAGAAGGUCUUGAAGAUAACGGAUUAGUCGUUUUACAAACCUUUAUGGGUUUCGCCACUGCCUUGGGCUGUGUAGGAUUCGGUUUUGUUAUAAUAAAACCAAGUACGCAAUGUCUUAUAUCAAGACAGUAUUUAUGUCAAGCAGCUAUGGUAGGAAUGGGUAUCUCACUCCUGGCCCUUAGCGCAGUUCAGGGCUACCAUGGUUACGUUCUUUUCGUUUGGCUCUAUGGGAUCUGUUUAGGAGGAUACAACUAUGCCUUAAAGAUGUUUACCCUGGAACGAAUCAAGGGGAGACAUUUUACCAAAGCCUGGAGUUUUAUUCAGGGCGCUAAAUCGAUACCUGUUCUAGUAGGUAUCCCUAUUACGGGAUACAUCAACCUGACCUAUCCCCGUGCGGGGUAUUACUUUAGUUUUGUUACGACUAUUAUUGGAGCCAGUUUAAUGUUCCUGGUCGGCACCCGAAAAGAACACCAACCCAUAGUAAACAGCAAUUCGAACAAUUGCAACCUAAACGCAUGCACCAUCGCCAACCUCAACGAAUGCAUAUGUACCCCAUACGGCCCCUACAACCCUAUCUACACCCCAGACGUAAACCCCUACAACUUCUACCGCCACGGAAGCAACCACUACGAGCGAAUAUUUCCCAGUUGCUCCGACCACUGCGACAAGUCGCCGUUCCAUAGGCACUCGUUCCGACACCGAAGGGAGCCCCACAUCCAGUACCUGCCGAAGAGCCUGAGUUACGCGGCCAACAUCAACCACUCCCCUUAUUACAACCCGAAUGUGUGUAAUAAGCAAGAAUGCGUUCGGUACGCUUCGCUUCCUAGGGCGAAAAAGGGCACGCUGAGACCUAGUAAAAGCGUGCCAGAGGGUCUGGCUAGGUGGGAAUAUUGUAGAGCUUAUAGGAGGCCAAUUAUUAGAAAUAUUCAAGUGAUAGAACAAAUUACUACUUCGGUGUAAAUAGUAUUUAAGACGAUAAUUCCUUUUCGACCAUAUUUGAAUUAUAUUUUGACUUAUUCUUUGCCCUAUGUCAACAAUAUUUGCAAUUGCUUUCAGAAAAAGAUUCUCAACAAAAGGUUUUCUCGAUAUCGACAUUUGUCACUAACCUAAGUCCAAUUCUCCAAUGAGAAUAAUAUUCUCUCUACUAGUACUUAUAAUUCGUCAUAAAAUGUUUCCAUUAUUGUUUGAGGCUUGAUGGCUUGUGUGCCAUAUACUCCGAUAAUCUCAGGUCUUCCUUCCGCAUUCCUAUCUUUGCGGAUCUGAUAGUUUAAGAAAAAUAUUGAGGAAUGGGAUGACAUGAGUUGCAGAGUUGAUUUACAUAUAAUAAUAUUUAUGUAUAUUUCAUGUUUAAGUCAUUCCUACUGAACUUGUAUUGUUAUUUAGAUAAUACUGGGAGAUUUUCACAUUUUAAUAGUAUCAAGUAAUACCCAGAAUGAAGCACAAACUUAACGAAAAUAUUAAAAAUGACAAUGGAGAACUGAUAAUGAACUUCAGCUUUAAUUCACUCACAUCAUUCAUGCAGCUGAACUUCAACUGCACGUAUAACCAAUCUAGAAUAAACAGAAUAUUUUUGACUACAAAGACCAAAUACACAUAGUCAUUUAAAAACAUCCGUUGGCAAAAUCUAUGAUAGAUGAAGUCAGUGUCGAUAACGAUUAAAGUAAACUGUAAACCCAAGACUUAGCCAAGCCAUUGGACGAUGCUAGGAAUAUAUUCCUCUAAUGCAUUAAAUAGUUUACGGUUGUGAUAACUCGGGUUAGUACCAUUCUAACAAAGACGAGUUUUUUUAAUAAAAAUUAUUAGCAAGACUCGAGCUCAGAACUCCUGAGUUUUACGCUGUUAAAUAACUACCUAUCACUGCACCACCAAAGGUAGCAUUACAUCGGUUCAGAUCGCUUUAAAUUGGAAACCCAGUAUUUCAGCUUUGCAUAAUAAUAAACAAAUUUAAAAAAGUACCUUAGUAGAUCUUAAUCUUAAAAGUCAUUUGUUUUUAUUUAUUGCCUUC